GCCUCUCCAGUAUUUUCUCGGUUGCCGUGAAAGGCAGAACGCACACACACAGGCAGCAGGAUGUCGAUCGUCAGCAUUGUUGCCAGGGAGAUCUUGGACUCCCGAGGAAACCCCACUGUGGAAGUGGACCUUAACACAGAGAAAGGUCUGUUCAGGGCUGCGGUGCCCAGCGGAGCAUCCACGGGGAUCUACGAAGCUCUGGAGCUCCGAGAUGGAGACAAGAGUCGCUACAAAGGCAAAGGUGUUUUGAAGGCAGUCGGGCACAUCAACGAUACUCUGGGUCCCGCCCUUAUAGCCUCUGGCAUCAGCGUGGUGGAGCAGGAGCAGCUGGACAACAUGAUGAUCGAGAUGGACGGCACAGAAAACAAAUCUCAGUUUGGGGCCAACGCCAUCCUGGGAGUGUCUCUAGCCAUCUGUAAGGCCGGUGCAGCAGAGAAAGACGUCCCCCUGUAUCGCCACAUAGCCGACCUGGCCGGAAACACAGAGCUGGUGCUGCCCGUUCCUGCCUUUAAUGUGAUAAAUGGAGGUUCCCAUGCAGGUAACAAACUGGCCAUGCAGGAGUUCAUGGUUCUUCCUGUUGGAGCUGAAUCUUUCAAGGAGGCGUUGAGGAUAGGAGCGGAGCUGUACCACACGCUGAAGGGGGUGAUCCAGGAGAAAUACGGCCAGGAUGCCACCAACGUGGGAGAUGAAGGAGGAUUCGCUCCCAACAUCCUGGAGAACAGUGAGGCUCUGGAUCUGCUGCAGACGGCCAUCGAGAAGGCCGGCUUCACGGACAAGGUGGUGGUCGGGAUGGACGUGGCCGCCUCAGAGUUUUACCGCGACGGGAAAUACGACCUGGACUUCAAAUCUCCACCAGAUCCAGAGAGGCACAUCUCCGGAGAGGAGCUGGCUGACAUCUACCAGGGCUUCGUCAACAACUACCCAGUGGUGUCCAUCGAGGACCCGUUUGACCAGGACGACUGGGAGGCCUGGUCCCGCCUGACGGCGCAGGUGGGGAUCCAGGUGGUGGGGGACGACCUGACGGUGACCAACCCGAAGAGGAUAGAGAAAGCUGCCGAGGAGCGAGCCUGCAACUGCCUGCUGCUCAAAGUCAACCAGAUCGGCUCCGUCACCGAGGCCAUACAGGCGUGUAAACUGGCUCAGGCAAACGGUUGGGGUGUGAUGGUCAGCCAUCGCUCAGGGGAGACAGAGGACACCUUCAUCGCUGACCUGGUGGUGGGACUCUGCACUGGACAGAUAAAGACUGGUGCCCCCUGCAGAUCUGAGAGGCUGGCCAAGUACAACCAACUCAUGAGGAUUGAAGAGGAGCUGGGCGACCAGGCUCGCUUUGCAGGCCAUAACUUCAGGAACCCCAGCGCCCUGUGAAACUGACAGACAGAUGAAUGACACGCACACACACACACACACACACACACACACACACACACACAGACAGACUCGACACACAUGGAACGAGCCAUGUACAAUGAAAGAUCACAAAGAUUCCUAAAAAAACAUGCGAGCAAAAGAGCUAAGCAAAAAAAAAAAAAUAAGUAAAUAAAUAAAAUAAAUUAUGCACUGGACUUAUAGGUAGAGAGAUGAUGCUGUAUGCACACACACACGCACACAUGCACACACACACAUAGAGUACGCAGAUGCAACAUGUGCUCAUGCACAUGCAGGGGAAUACUAUAAAAAUAUAAAAUUUCUAAGCCAGACAUGCACUGUUACUGUAGUUUUAAAGGAAUAGUUCAUGUACAGCUGGAGGACAGACCUGCAAAAAUACAGAUUAUUGUUGUAAAAACAGAGAGAUCGAUAGGUAGAGAUAUUAUAGAAUAAUGUAGACUGACGCACGCAUCUGAAAGAGAUGAAAAAAGUAAAACUUUCAGCACCAAAAGAGGACGAUGCACUCGCAGAACGAAACACAAAACAGCAGUUUCAGGGACUGAGUGAAAAAAAAAACCAAGUAAACUACACAAACACGUGAACACUUACACACUCAGAUGUGUCACUCUCACCUGGACACUGACGUACCUGCACUCUGCACACUUCUGUCCUCCUCAAUCUUUUUGUCUCCUUUUUCUUCUUGUCGUGUCUGUUUCUCAGUUUGGAAAACGCUCUUUUUGUUCCCGCCCUGUUGUGAUUAUAAUUAUUUGUCCUUUAUGCUUGAAAUCCCGCCUUUGUCCUAAAGAGAAAAAAAAAAAAAAAAUCUAAAACCCUGAAUGCUGUGUUGAAAAAGAAGAAAGAAAAUAAUAAUUUAGAAAUGAAAAAUAAAAAAGAAUGCUUGUCAUCGAAAAU